UAUCUCUAACAACCACUUCUGUGUUAAAGUUUCAAAUUAAAUUGCUUUGUUGUUUCGCUUUUCGUUCGAACGUGAACUAAAACCUCCGUUGGUACGACUGUACUUUGACAGUAACGAUUUCCCGAUGACAACUAAAUUCUUCUAAUUAAAUUCCGGUGAAUUAAUCGCGAAUUAAACGAAAAUAGCUUGUUGUCAAGUGUUUACAACCCAGAAUCGAUUUUCAGCCUGUCCAUACAAGCCCAACUCAAUUCCCAUGUAUGAAAAUGGAACAACCUAAAGAAAAUUAACUGCUUGUUCUAGUUUGUUACUAACACCCUGUAACUAUGAGUAAAAAAACUGAUGGUAAAAUUACAUUAGGAAUGUUAAAAGGUAAGCCGGUGACGACUUCGGUCCCGACUAUUUCCAUCAAGUUCCACGCCAAUGCCGAACAGUUGGAGGAGCUCUACGCCAGCGAUGAGGAGCACACGGGGAACGAGCUGUCAACGGCGUCCGCGGGGGCCACAGGAAUCAACGAACCGGACAGUAGUCCGUUAAAGUACCUUCCUAGAUUGGUAAAGCGUUCGACGAGUAUAGACAUCACCCCUAGCUCUACCAUAGAUGCCUCCCCACCAUCCGACCCAUGGAGAUUUUUUUCAGAUAUUAAAGGCAAAAUCACUAAAAGCGUCGAAGAUAAAAUCACAGAAAUUAAGUCACGCAAUCAGGAAGAAGGUUCUCCUCUUAAGGGUAGAAUAGUGAAGGAUAGCAAAGAUAAUUCCAGUGUUUCGGACUCGGAGGAAUUAUCGGAGAGCAGUAUAUCGAAAACUUGUGGGAUUGUGUCUACAACUGAAGGCGCCGAGAUGUCGAGCGACGACGACACCCCCUCCAUCGAAAAAGACAAGAAGACUGAAGACCGAGCCAAACUGGCCGCCUCCGGGGGCGGCCUGCGCCAGCGUUUCCGUCUUCUCAAGAAAACAGCCAACAAAGAAGGAACGGUCACCCGGCGCAACCUCACCAGUCUGUACAACAUUAACACCGACAAAAUCGAGCAGGCCCUUCCCGAAGAGACGGAGAUCGAGAGCGCCGUGGACGCCCUAGAGGACGCCAAUCUGCAAACCACCGCCGAGGACAAAGUACUGACAGCACUCGAGCACGACUACGACAACAUCAAGCUAGACGCCGAGAACGUGAUCAACAUCAAGGAGGUGAGCGGCAGCGAGGUCCGGGAGGUCCACUGGGCGUCCAAAACCCCGAAAACCGUGUUCGCGCCGGUGGGGUACGUCGAUUUCAGGGUCAAACCCAAACCGGCGAAGAUUAGUGUGCUUAGGCCGGUUAUGGUGGGCGUGGCUUUCGUCGUGACGUAUCUGCUCAUACACAACUACUCGACUUACUUGGCCGGGAUUACGAUAGGUGUCGCUGUUACUGUUGUUGUUUAUUAUUUGAAGUAUUUGUUGGAUACGCCGUCUUAUUUAACCAGCUUUGUUCCUCCGCCGGAGAUUUUGCAAGUCCCGGCGGUCCAGGAGUUCCAACCUUUGACGAAGUACGAGGGUUGGGUCAACGAGUUCCCGGACACUUACAACCCGCACACUUACCACAUAAGUCAGACUCAGUCGGUUUAUUUGCGUUUACAAGGUAACCUGUUACGGGUGAGUCACACUAGAAGCAAGGUCGCAAAGAGGGCGCUUUGGAACGAACCCAAAGUCAAACCAGUAUUCACCCAUCACAGGAUCUAUAACCUACUAGGUGCACAAGUGUCGCUAUUACCCGAAGGUCUAGCCAAGAAGAGGCACUGGAGCAAAAAGUACCCCAUUUGUGUGACUUUGCGCAAAAACCAGAUGCAGUUCGAGACGGUGGUACCCCAACCUCCGCUACCUAGUAAGAGUGACGAGGACCCCGAAGCCCAGAAACCAAAGAGGUACGUCGCUGUGAAGAAACGGAGGUCGCAGACUUUGAGGUUCAGUAAGUUGAGUGAGGAGAACGAGGAGUUCGAUUUGGACUCGGAGACGUCGCGAGCGAGCACUCCGUCGCCGCUGUCGCAGGACGAUUCGGAAAAAGCGGAGGAGGAAAAAGCGCUUGAUGAUGCUUUUCAGGAAAGUACUAAGGACGACGAGCACGAGGACGUGUUCGACGAGGACGUGGAGGGGUUGGACGACUGGGGGACCUUCACGCCACCUGAGGAUGACAGCCCCUCCACCACCAAGCUGUACCUUUUCGGACGCACCGACCGAGAAAAAGAAGACUGGUUUCGCAGACUGAAAGCCGCCACCCAUCGGGGGGCGCACUUACCCGUCACCCCCACGACCACCGUGCGCGCAAUAUCCCACACCUUGCUCGACAAGGCAGCCAAAGAGCUAGACUACGCCAAAUACAUGUUGAUUUUUAAGAAGGUGACUGAGUGUUCUAAUGUGGAAAACCCAAAGGCUAAGUCGUAUCAAAAGGACAAGAACGACGAAUCUGGGGAUGAACUACCCUGCGCCGACGUGCAGUGGAUCAACGCUUUUGUAGGCAGGGUGUUGUUCGACUGUCUACGGGACGACACGUUCACACAGAGAGUCAAGGACAAGAUCCAGAGGAAACUCUCUUCCAUUAAGCUUCCGUAUUUCAUCGAGGGGUUAGUGGUGACGGAGUUAAAUUUGGGGCAAAUGCCGCCGCUGAUCCACAGGGCGACUAAGCCGAUGAUGGACGACAGGGGGCUGUGGAUCGACCUGGACAUCACUUACGACGGGCUGGUGGUGCUAAUUCUGCAGACGAAGCUGAAUUUGAUGAAGUUGAAGCAGCCGCAUCCGCACGCGUCCAUCAGAGACCUUCACCACUCCUGUUACUGCGCAGACGCGGACAAACCCACCGACAAACCCGCCAUGUUCCACUCGGACGUGGAGGACUCCGCCGAGAGCACGUCGGACGAAGAAGCGAUUUGUCCGUUCCAGAAUAACCAGUACCCGGCGGCCUUGGACGCGUCAGGAGUGCCCGUCCAAGGUCUCGGUGGAACGAGCAACACGAGCAAGAAGUUCAUCAAAAUGGUGGAUAAAAUUGCCGAGUCGAAGUUCUUCCAGGCCGCUACUGAGAACAAGUAUAUCAAGAGGGCGAUGGAGGAGGUGUCGAAUACGGAGCUGGGGUUGAAGGUGGAUGUCAAGGAGUUGGUGGGUACUUUGGUGUUGAACGUGCCGCCGCCUCCUAGUGAUAGGGUUUGGGUGGGGUUCAGGCCGACGCCGACUCUGGCGCUGACGGCGCACCCUAUUGUGGGCGAACGAAACAUUACAUUCCUCCGCAUCACGAGCUGGAUUGAGAAGAAGCUGCUUUUGGAGUUCCAAAAAUUAAUGGUGAUACCAAAUAUGGAAGACUUUAUUGUACCUGUGAUGAGUCCAAAAUUGCCAGAGUAAAAUUCUUAUGAAAGUUAUUAGUUACCUAAGUACAUGUUGGUGAUACAGCUACAGGGCACUUUUUUUUGUUGUACCUUUCUAGUCUUUCACGUUUGUGUGAAGUUAGUAAACCUCCACUAAUCUCCCGUUUUGGUUGGUGUUAUUGUUUUGAAACACGAGUAAUUUUGUAAUUUUCUACCAAAGGACCAACGGUGUUACUAAAUGUUUGCUGUGAAUUGUUAGACGAAUUGUUUUUGAAGUAUUUUUAUAGAAUUAUAGAACUUUUAUUUAAUAAACGACUUCCUAAGGACAAUCCGGGGUCGUUCAGCUUCGAGGAAGUUGAAAAGACCCUCGCAUUUAAAGUACUUAGUUCGGUUUUGUAGUCUUCUAUCCUUUUGAGUAUUUUUCUUUUACAUGUAUUUAUAUAAAUAAAAAGUUUGACUUCUAUGACAAUACAAA